UCUUUCUCUCUGACAGUAUGAGGAAGUAAAGUGUUCCUACUCAAGAAGUGAAGCUCUGAUCUGAGGAAUCACACAGCUGCAGGACAAUUGACAGGAACAAAGAUGAACCGUUGUGGUCUGCUUACUGCCCAGAAGAAACCAAUUCCUCUGCAGAGUGUGGAGGUGGAGCUGCAGGUGAAGGACCAUGUGGCUACAGUCAUCUCCACUCUGAACUACCAGAACAAGGAGGACAAACCUGUAGAGGCAGUUUUUGUCUUCCCUCUGCCUGGAGAUGCUGCUGUGUGUCAUUUCAGUGCUAAGAUUGGACAGACACACAUUGUAGCUGAGCUGAAGGGGAAGCAGCAGGCUCGGGAGGAGUAUGAUGAUGCUCUGAGUUCAGGGCAGCAGGCCUUCCUGUUGGAGGAGAGUGAACAGAGUCCGGACAUCUUCUCUCUGAGGGUGGGCAGUCUGCCCCCAGGGGAGAGCGCCUCCAUCAGGCUGGAGUAUGUCAUUGAGCUGGCUGUGGAGGCUGAUGAGGCGCUGAGGUUCUGUCUGCCUGCUGUGCUCAACCCUCGCUACCAACCUCAAGGUGUGGAAACUAAAACAUUUGUAUAA